AUGACUUAAGCUCUUAGAAGAUUGCAUAGCUAGAAAAACUCAUAAAACUAUCUUUUUAUAUUAUCAUAGAUAGUAUUUAAUCAUGAGGAGAGUAUUUUUUCAAAAGAAAUAUAUGAUUUAACGAUAAGUCUUUAGCAAAUUUUGUAAAUUUUACUCUCCAUCUCUGAAACUUUUUUUGAGAACGAUCAAGCUGAAACUUUAAUAAAGCUCUAUAGAAAUAUUCACUUUUUUAAAUCUUUGUAAAACUAUUAUGCUCUUGGGAUAACACAUAAUAACAUAGGAGCUAUCUUAGCGAAUUAAGGACACUACUAACAUGCUUUAGAACAUUAUUAAUAAUCUAUAAUAUAUGCUCGAUACGAGAUAUAAGAUUUUUGUAGAUAGCAUCCUUCUUCGUAAAAUUAUAAGUAUCUUUCAAAUUAUUGUUAUGAUAAUAAUAAUACCUUAACCAAAAAAGCCGAAUCUAAGAUUUAUGAAAAUAAAAAUAAAGCCUAAAAAAAAUUCAGGAUAGCUGAUUAUUUAACUAAAAUUUUGAGUUAAUUUAAAAAUUUAAUUUAAAAAAAAUAAAAUGAAGAUAACACUUUAAAAAAAUUAAAUUCUGAUGAGGAAGAAAGUAUUAAUAAGUUUUUAGAUGCUUUUGGAAAUAACUUAAUUGAUAAUGAUGGAAAUGAUUAAUAAGAUGAAUAAAAAGAUGAACAUUAUCUUCAAAGGAUAUAAUUACUGUUGAAUUUGUAUUACAGAAAAGUAAAUUAUAAUCUUUCUCUUAUUUGGUUUUAAACUAGCAUCGAUAAAUAUUAUAGCGAUAUUAAUAAAAAUAAUAAAUUGUAAAAUAAUUCAUCAAUGUUUUAAUAAGCUAAAUUGGUUUGA